AUGCAUCCUCACGCCCCGAGCAUCCGCGUCAAGAUCCCCGACCAGCUGCCCACGCUGUUCGAGCCGCAGAAGGCCACGCCGAACCCGCGCACCACCCGCUCCGGCAGCACCGCCGAGGCCGAGGCUGCCGGCGACGCGCCGCCGCCGUGGCCGGAGCACCGCCUCACCGUGCUGGCCCUGCAGCUGGCCGUGCUCGAGAAGGCGGCCAGCCGGCUGGGCACGCUGGCCUUCAUCUGGGCCACGGUCGUGCUGCUGGGCGGCUUCGCCAUCACGCUGGACCGCAGCGACUUCUGGUGCAUCACGGGCCUGCUCGUCAUCGAGGGCAUCCGCAUCCUGGGCCGCAACCAUGAGGUGGAGUGGCAGCGCCACCAGGCCAGCCAGGCCCGCCCCGCCACCCGCGCCGCCGUCCCCGCCUUCUUCUGGAUGCAGCUGCUCUCGGCGUCCGCGUGCGUCUUGCUCUCCCUCGUCCGCCUCAUCCACCAGCACUACGGCGGCACCGAGGACGCCCGCUCCAACCGUGCCGCAGCGCUCAACAUCUUCUACGGCCUCGCGCUCACCGAGGCGCUGCUCUUCCUUGUCGAGAAGGCGCUAUGGGAGUGGAAGGUGGGCCACCGCCGCCUCCUCGAGUGCGUCGCCGACGACUGCAAUCUCGCCGGUGCCUACGGCCAGGUCGCCGUACGCCGCUUCUUCUACGACUCCUACUCGCGCUGCCUCAACGGCAGCAUCUUGGACGGCCUCCACAUGGGCCUCGUCUCCUACGCUGAUGAUCUCAUCACCGCGGGCUCGCGCGACGAGCAGAGCCUCGGCGCCGGCAUCCUCGUCGCGCUCGUCGAGUCCGACCGCUUCGCCGAAGCCACGCUCCGCAGGAUCAGCGUCUCCGCGCCCACCAUCCAGCGCCUCAUCGAGAUGCUCAGCUGGAAGGACUCCUCGGAGCGCGAUGUCCGGCGCUCGGCCGCCGCCGUCGUGUCCAUGCUCACCGGGAGGAAGCUCGUCGCGCUCCGCGUCCUCGGCAUUCCAGGUGCCAUCGAGUCCGUCGCCUCGCUGCUUUAUGCCGACCUCGACGAGCUCAACAUCCUCGGCCUCUCCACCCUCAAUAAGCUGGCGCAAGACCACGACAAUUGCGACAAGAUUGGCAAGACCAGGGGCCUCCUCGAAACCAUCAUCUCCUACUCCAGCAUCGACCAUGCGCUGGCGUCGCCCUCGCAGAGGGACAUGAGGCUCAAGGCUGUCAAGAAGUCGCUCCGCGUUGUCAAGAGGCUGGCCGGCACGAGGGGGGACACCGGGAAGCUGCUCCGACGGGAGCUCACCGACAUCGUCUUCACCGUGAGCAACGUCAGGGAGAUCCUGCAGCGGCACGACAAUAAGUUCCAGUCGGAGCUGCACCAGUUAGCCAUCGAGAUACUCACGAGCCUCGCGAUGGACGAGGACGCCAGGGAGAUCAUCGGCGGGACGGGGGACGUGGUGAGCGUGCUGGUCACCACGUUCUUGCCGGCGGCGUUUACGACGAAGGAGUGUCAACGGGCGGACGUUGUCCGGGUGGAGGCCGGCGAGGCGCUCGCGAUGCUGGCCCUCGAGAACAAGAAGAACUGUGGAGCGAUCAUAAUGGCUCUUGGCGGAGGGAUCGGGCGGCUCGUUGAUGCGCUGAACGACCCCGUCGUCGUCGUCGGUGCCGCGAGGAUCAUGCACAACCUCUGCUCCUACUCCGGCGACGAGUGGCAGCUCCCUCUGAGAGGGGUCACCGUCGGCGCCGACAAGGUGCUGAGGUCCAUCACGGUGGAGAAGGCCAAGAUCCUCAACAUCUUUAUCGGGCUCGCGGCGCAGAUGCUCCGCUUCAUGGAGCCCGGGGAGCUCCGGGGGAGCCUCGCCGCAGCGGGCGUGGUGGACACGGUGCUGGCGAGGUCGCUGGUGCAGGUGCUGCGGGAGUACAGCCGCCCGUCCAUGGACGUGCCCCGGGCCCGACGGUACACCAUAGAGCUUGCCAUGGCAUUGAUGCAGUCGGACGCACGCUACGUGGUCCUGUUCGUGGAGCUCGGCAUGGAGAGCGAGCUGAGGCGCGUGGCCAUGACCACCUCACAGCUGGAGUGCUUCAACGUCUUCUCCGGCAGCGUCGGGCUCAGCCGCAGAGACACCAGCGUCUGUUCCCUCGUCCAGUCGGCGUUGGAGCAGAUGAACAAGGGCUGGAAUUAA